AUUAUAAAUCAUACAGAGUGGAUUUAGAUAUUUAAAAAUGAGUUCAGCAUUCAGGGCAAUCUUAUCACAAUGUAGUGGGUUUUUAAUCCUAUGAAGAAAUCUAAUGUACAAUGGAAGCCUUGAGGUGUAAAAAUGCAAAGGACGUAGCAAUCUGUAUACUUUCUUCAAUUCUGUUGGUUCUAGGAGAAACCUUAUCAACCAAUCAAAUUGCAUCAUCAAUGACAACCAUCCAAUCAACAACUACCAUUCCUCUUUCAAAAACGCCAGAUUUUCAAUCGACCAUCUCUGCUUAUUUUACAACCUCUGUCAUUCCCUCUGCAUCUCAUUCCAUCUCUGCAACUUCUGUGAGUGAGAAUCUUCAAUCCACUGCGAAUCUCUCCAGUUCAACGUCGCCCAUACCAAAGACAAGUGUCAAAAAUACAGUGACUCCUAACAUAACGCCAACAUCAGCGCUUGUAGUGGAUGGCGCCAAUGUGUCUUGCAGUGAUAUAGAUAAUAUCACAGACUGUAAGGAAUAUACAGGCGUUAAUGAUCGAAGGUUAACAACUCAAGAAAUUAUUGGAAUUGCAUGUGGAUCUGCUGCUUUCGUUUUAAUACUUGCCGUUAUAAUCGGAGUGUGCUGUGCUAAAAAGAAACAAAGAUUGUCAGGGUCCAAGGCUGACCUGUCUACUUAUUGGGAAGAUAAUGUGACACUGAGUUAUAUUAAUGGUCAUAUAGAUCUGCCAAGGGAUUAUCCAGAUGAAAUGAUUUCCUUAGACAAUGAUUCCUUCCUCAACAGUCUGGAUAGCAUGUCCUUUUCUAAUAUGUGGACAGCCGAAAAUGCCAAACAUACAAACUUUUGA